CUGUUGUAUAGCAAGAAGCAGUCGAGGUUUCCUGAGUUGUAACGGACACAGUGUUGUACUUCGUACUCAAAGCUGGCAAGGUGUGUACAAGCAUUGCAUGAGGUUAGCAAAAUCAAUGGGAUGCCCCCUGCACACCGAAUAUGAAGUAACUAGUGUAUGUGCUAAAGCAACUUCCGGUAAGAAUGAAACCUUGAAAGGCUAUCCACAGUUACAGGAUUUUGUUUGUAAUCCAAUUCCUUCGUCAAAUACGCAUAGUGAAAGUCAGUCUGGAAGCUCUGGAUGUUCCAUACAUUGUGAAAGCUUUGAUGAAGUUCAAAUAUUGGAUGAGAGUGUUUCCCCACAAAAGAUGAUUGAUAACCCAAAUGUAUUUCUCUUCCCUGAAAAAGCAAAUGAAACAAUCAGUCAUGAUGUACAUUAUAACGGUCAGGAAUUAAAACUGAAGAGUGUGACAAUUACCUUAACCAAACUAAAAGAACCACAGCUGAAUAAUAGUUGUCUUCUGAAAGGAAAUGACUCCAUGAAAACAGAAUAUGAAAAUGAACAAAAGGGAGACUCAAAAAAUGGUACUAAAUGUGAAAAUGACUCUGAUAGAUUGAAUUUAGUGACCAAAGUUCAGAAUUCCAACUCUAUCUUAAGCAGAAAACGAAAAUGGAGUAAUCUUGAAAGCGAUGCAAAAGUUGAUGUUGACCUUGGCAAGGAAAUUCGAAAAUGCAAAUGGGUGAAAAUGAAUGAGAACGACAGCUUAAGAAUUGAUGCAAGCAAAUGUGUUGAUAGUAAUGACAAAUUAAUAAUAAUUGGAGAAGUUCAUGUUAGAAAUGUAGACCCAGGAAAAAAAACACGUAAAAACAGACAAAGUUCUAAUCAAAUUAGGAAGCGCAGUAGACAGCGAAUGAGAGAAAAACGAGCCUUGACCAAAGAUGAAAUCAUUAAGAAAAAGGAAAAGUGUAUUGACAAUGCGCAAAUUAGGAAAAUUAAAUCGAAGAAUAAAUAUCAAAAUGAUUUAACCUACAAAAUCAAAAAAAUAAAUGAAGUAAAACAAAGACAAAAAGAGAAUUACAACACUGAUUUAUCACACAAAAUAAAGCAAGGAGCUUAUGUCAAACAAAGGCAAAAAGAAAUGUAUAAAGAGGAUUCAAAUUUCAGGAACAUACAGCUAAAUAUUAUGAAAACCAAAUAUCAUUCUGAUUUACAUUAUAAAAAGAAAAUUUUGUAUAGAAAUAAACAGAAAUAUUUGAUAAAUGAAGGAUUCAAAGAAAAUGUUAAAACAGUUAUGAGGACUAAAAUGAAAAAUAAAUAUUGGAACGAAGAACAAUUCAAACAAAUGCAUAAAAGUAAAAUAAGAAGUAAAUAUUUGAACAAUGAACAUUUCAAGGAAAAACAUCGAAACACCAUGAAAAAACGAAUAAAGGAAUUAUAUCGCAAUGAUAAACAUUUCAAGGAAAAACAAAGAGAUACCAUGAAAAAACGAAUAAAGGAAUUAUAUCGCAAUGAUAAACAUUUCAAAGAAAAACAAAGAGAUACCAUGAAAAAACGAAUAAAGGAAUUAUAUCACAACAAUGAACAUUUCAGACGAAUGCACAAAGACAAAAUAAGAAGUAAAUAUUUGAACAAUCAACAUUUCAGACGAAUGCACCAAGACAAAAUAAGAAGUAAAUAUUUGAACAAUCAACAUUUCAGACGAAUGCACAAAGACAAAAUAAAAAGUAAAUAUUUGAACAAUGAACAUUUCAGACGAAUGCACAAAGACAAAAUAAGAAGUAAAUAUUUAAACGAUCAACAUUUCAAGGAAAAACAACAAGAUACCAUGAAAAUAUUGUCAAAAAUUAGAUACAAAGGUAAAGAAUUUAAGGAAAAGAAAUUGAUGAGCUUAAAAAUGAAAUAUAAAAAAAUUGAAAAAUAUAGGCAAAAUGUAAUAAAACAAAAUCGAAAAAGGUUUGCACUUCGAACAGUAAAAUUGUCCGAGUUUGAUAUUGUACUUGAAGAAUUUAGAAAGAUAAUUUCUCAUGGCCCAGAAUAUGUGUGCUGUGUAUGCUUAAAACUUCUCUUUGAGAACCAAGUAUUGAAAUGUAAAAAGAAUAAUUAUAAAAUUCAGACAUGCAUAAGUGAAGAUUAUUUGCAUGUUUGCAAUUUAGAAUGCCGGUCAAAAUGUUUAAUAGGCCAGUCAGCCAGAUCGUCACUAUGGAUAUGCUUCACCUGUCAUAGAAAAUUGAAAGCUGGAAAAGUACCUCCAGAAGCAAAUAUGAACAAUUUACAAUUACAUGAAGUUCCAGAAGAACUUGCCAAUCUGAACAAUUUAGAACAGCAUUUGAUUGCAUUGAAUAUCCCUUUUAUGAAGUUAAUGGCGUUGCCUAAAGGUGGUCAAAAUGGAGUCCAUGGCCCAGUGAAUCUUAACUGCAUCCCAAACGCCAAGUACAAGAAGUAA